AUGUUGUUUGUAUCCCGACAGGCGUACACGGCGGAAAAGAGCGGACAGUUUCCCAACCAUGCUUUAGCCCCACAAAUCCGGGAAUGGCGUUGCGACUUGACAGCGCUCUCACAACGGUACAAUAUCUAUCUUGUCGCGUCCAACGACGUCAUACAUGUCUACCAGCCAAGCUUCCCCGACCAGAGUCUAUCUGAGCCUGAGCUUGUCAUCCACCCCCCAUCAACUGGCCAGACCGGACCAGGUAUAUUUGCAGACAACCACCGGUCAAUCAAUCGAAUCCUUGUGGACUACCUUGGUAAUGAGGAAAUCCUUCUACUAGCCCGCGACGACGGCGAUGUGGUUGGUUAUCGAACAGAAGAGAUCCAUCGAGCUUUAGAACGGCGGACCACCAAAGACGAGCCUGCUAGUGAGGACGAUAUCCAUUGCUUUCUUCUUCGUAAUGUUGGAGCAAGCGCUUGGGGAUUAGCAGUACAUCGAGAGGCUCGUAUCAUUGCUAUCAGCGCCAACACACACUGCAUUACCGUUAUUGCAUACGCGCUUGCACUACGAGAUGCUGACCCAACGAGAGAAACCGAGAAUGUCUUUACUCUCCAAGCUAGGGGCAACAUCCCCUCCAUAACUUUCAACGACGAAUCAGGAAACUUCCUUCUGAGCUGCAGCAUCGACGGGGAAACCAUCUUGUGGAAUUUGCGCGAUCGCACCUGGGUAUCGCUUAUCAAACCUUCCAACCCCUUCCUCAUCAUCACAAAAGAGGAGAUUUUCCUCUUCCAAAGCCCUCAGGUGAAGCAAGGACAGAGCCGCCCAGAAUGCGUCGUUACAAUGCGUCGGCCACUACAUCCGGGCGAAUGGUCACUCGAUCUCGUGCCUGAAGAUCGCCAUUGUUACUUUGCACAAAUACCAGAGUUGGGCGUGUUUCUUGUCGGUUCUCCAAUCGGUCGCGUUGGAGUGUUUACCUUGUACUGGACCAAGGAUGAGGGUAAUCCCCAACCAAGAUAUGGGUUCAAACUCGAGUAUUUGUUGCCGUUCAGAGAGAAGAACGAGAAUAUGGUAGUGGGUAUGUACCUAGAGUCACGGUUGGCUGGUGUGGCUGUUGCACCUGUACAAGGCAUGUUUGAUCAAACAAGUGAUCCAGAUCCAGAAGAUCGAGAGGAACAAGUGCUACAACCGAGAAGAUGGCGUGUUUUGCUGCACUACACGGACUCUAUGGUAUUGAGCUUUGAGCUGUCGAAACGGAAAACGAGUGAGGCGCCUAGUCUAGAUGAGAUUAUCGUCUAG